AUGUCUUCUUCGUUUCCCCUCCUCCGUCUUCCCCAAUUGGUCCUGUGCGAUAUAUUCAAGUCAUUGAGUAUUGAAGAAAAAUUCAAGCUCUCGCUCUGCUCCAGGAAAAUCUCUAUUCAAAUCAAUAAUGCUCGUUUGUACUCUCAAAAAGUUAUAGUCGAUCCGGACUGGUCAGGUCACAAAAUCAGAGUUUGCUCCGAAAAUUAUAGAGAUUUAUUUAAAAUCUCCAUUUAUCCCGAUUUCUGGAAAAGUCAUAAUUCAAAUACUCAACAAUUUUCCAUCGCAUGUUGUGCAUUUCUCUCCGCUAUUGAACAUCUAUUGAAGAUGUUUUAUUGCAAGAUUUCAAUUACUAUUGAUCACCAUAAUAGUGAUUUAUAUCGACCAACAUUUUCAAGGUUGUUUGAUCUGCAAGUGAAAUUCAAGAGGAUCUCUAUUGAACUUGAUGGAUCAGAAGAUCGAGUCUUAUUGUGGAACCAGAUAUCUAAAAAACUGGAACUGGUCGAGGAUCUUGUAAUCUUUUCCGGUAUGAAUCAGCUCACACCAGUUUUCGCUUCAUGGCCACAGAAUAUUGAUAUCAGGAAUUCCGCUUGGAUCACUCUGGAAACUCUUUUGGCGUGCACUUGUACUAGAAUUACACUCAGCUGGACUCAUUUGGAAAACAAGGAUUUGGAUAUAAUACUCAAGAAUUGGAAAACUGGAGGAUUUCCGAAUUUAAAUUAUCUGAAGAUUCAUAGUCAUAGAAUUACAAAUAUUGGAGCGACAAUUUUGGGAAUGAGUUUGAACGAAUUAGAAGGGAAGGUUAUCCAAACUGAUGAUGGAUCAAAGAAAGCAACUUUAAGAAUUGGAAACCAAUGGUUUGAAAUGUCUGUGACUCGAUUUGAAUAA